AUGAUGAACAAGGUGCGUCACUUCAUCUACGAUGACCAAGACACAACCUUCUUCAUUGCUCGCGAAUUGCAGAGAGCAAUCCCGAGCAUUCCACCAUCACCCUUUCCUGAGGAGAAGGAGUACAGUAUUAUCACGGAGAAUGAAGUGGUCUUCUGCAGACAAGCCUGUGCGGUGGCUUUAUUGAAGCGGAGUCCGGCGACGUUUCGAGCCGCUUAUGAAGGCACUCUUGAAGAAGGCGCUGUUCCUUCGAACGGCAACUUUGCAUCGCACCUGCAGUUGAUUACCAUGGGGGCCGAGUCAGAGUGGUCUCCCUUCGAGCUUGUUCACCUUUACCUCCAAAAUGGCUUCGUUCCGCUCUUCAACGCGGUGGCCAAAAGGUCCGAGAGUGCCAACAAAAGCGUCGGCGACGAGGACCGGGAGGAGAUCAAGGUAGGUGUUCCAAACGUCAUGCGCAAGAUUAUGGACUUGAGCAUGGCACUCAUGCAGUGUCAGCAGAAUGUUGAUAUUGAGAAUAUCUCUCUGCCGAUUGAUCCAGAGAUCGCUGAGGCCUUUGAAAAGGCCAAAGCUGAAGGAAGACAGCUGAGCACCGACGACUUCAAGGAUCGCAUGAAUGAUUCCACCUUCCAGAAUCAGCUACAAAGUGGCGUGAACAAAUGGAGCAAGGAAAUACAGCGGGUUGCCAAGAUGCAGCGGGAUUCCUCAACAGGAAGCACGAUGCAGGAGAUCAACUUCUGGCUGGGCAUGGAGAAGGUCCUGAACGACGCGCAGCAGCAGUUGCAGACUCCGGAGAUCCAGCUAACGCUGAACCUCCUCCGGGGGGCAAGACGAUUCCUGGCAACCAUGUCCUUCGAGGCAGACACGGGCCUGAAGCCUGCCAUCGAGAAAGUCUCCAACUACUUGAGCCUGCUUCGGGACUUCCCCAUCAACGAGCUGCUUGUGGCAUCCACCAUUGAGCAGCUGACACAGGCAGUGCGAACGAUCUUCAACCACCUGAAGCGAAUCAGAAAUGCCGUUCAGUACCCGCUUUGGAGGGCCUACAAUCUCGUGGAAGCGGUGAGCCGAGACCUCUCUGAUCGUCUGCUGAAGAUCUUGUCCACGCAGCGUCUCAUGCAGCAGGAUGCAGAGAUGUUCAGCCAGAACAUGUCCAAUUGCCAAGAGCUUUUCCGGGUCUGGAAAGACGAGGUCGGGCAGUUUCGGCAGCUGGUCCGGGAGCAGCUCAAGAAGCGAGGCAACGAGCGGCCGACGGUGAAGAUCAACUGUGAGCACGAGCAGCUCCAGGCGCGGAUCGAGGAGCUGCAGAAGUUCCGGAGGCAUCACAUGAAGCUGCAGGAGAUCAUCGAGCGGGUGCUCGUGGACGGCAAGGAGACAGGAGCCAAGGCGGAAGUGGCGGCGGCCUACCAGCUUGUGGAGCAGGUGGACGUCUUGGACGUGAGCCGCAGGGGUCAACAGGAGUGGGAGAGCACGCAGCGCCGCUACGACGAGCGUAUUGACCACGCGGAGAGCGAGAUCACUGCGAGGCUCCGCGACAAGCUCGGCGCCGCCAAAACCGCCACGGAGAUGUUCCGCGUCUUCAGCCGCUUCAACGCGCUCUUUGUCCGACCCCGGAUCCGCAGGGCCAUUCAGGAGUACCAGUCUUCCCUGAUCCAGCAGGUGAAGGAUGACGUGCAUCGCUUACAGGAGAAGUUUAAAGAGACCUACGAGGGCACCCAGGCUUGCAAGCUGACUGCGAUCCGCGGCAUUCCGCCAACGGCUGGGCUCAUUGUCUGGGCCAGGCAGCUGGAGCGACGUCUGGCCAUCUACAUGAGCCGUGUCGAGGAUGUGCUGGGCAAAGGAUGGGAGAACCACGUGGACGGCAAGAACCUGAAGCAGGAGGGCGAUGCUUUCGCCAAGAAGAUGAAGACGAGCCACAUCUUCGACGAGUGGCUGGCAGACACCAAGGACUCCAAGAAGUUUGAUGUCAGUAUGCGAAUCUUCGACAUCCAACAAGGCUAUCAGACGUACCUGUUAUUGGUGAACUUUGACGAGCAGAUCAUCACCCUCUUCAAGGAGGUGCGGAACUUGCAGGCUCUGGGCGACUAUCGGGUCCCUUACGCGAUCAAGGUCAACUCCGACGAGGCGAAGCAAAACUACCCGUUUGCCAUGACGCUUCAGGAGGCUGCCCGAACGUACAUGCAGACCUGUGCGCAGAUCAAAGCCGACUUGGCGCCGUUGAUGGCCUCAUUCCAGAAGGGCGUGCAGGACUUGAUCGCCGAUGGGCUUCACCUGAAGUGGGAUGAUCAGAAGAUCGAGAGCUACACCCAAAAGCUCUCUGAAAGCGUCUUCCAGUUUCAGCAGAAGUUCACCGAGCUCGAAUCAAUGGCUGAGCAGAUGUCCCGCACCAUCGAGAGCUUGGACGACGUGAACGUGAGGCAAGAGGCCAACAACCACGAGCUGCUCCUGGCCAAGUUCGAGAAGAUGCAGAAGAUGGUGGACGACAUGAACUUGGCAAGCUUCUCCAACAUGGAUGCUUGGGUACAUGGCCUCAACAAGCAGAUCGAGCAGAGGCUCGUGAAGCUCCUGGCGGCCACCAGCGCCCAGUGGCUGCAGGAGUUCAAGAAGUGGCCGCUGAACGGCAACAACCUGAUACAGGAGGCGGCGGUCCAGCUGGCGGUGCUGGAGCUCCACAUGCAGACCUCCCACUCCGGAGUGCGACUGGUUCUGGAACCGCAGAAGGAGUUCGCCAUGACGCACUGGGUCAAGCACUACCACGACUGCCUUGGCAUGGUCUGCAACUUGCCUCUGCUCCAAGCGGCCCGCUUCGACGCCCUCAAGCGCGGGGGAAAGGAGUCCGCAGCCACACAUCGCAGCCUCAUCGCGCUGCUGGAUCAGAAGACCCUCGUCGAAGUCUACGACCAUGUCAGCAGCACCGUGGAGGACAUGCAGGGCUAUGUCUCAAGCUGGAUGCAAUACCAGUCGCUUUGGGAGAUCAACACAAGUGCUGUCCUCUCGCGACUCGGCGAUGAUCUCAGCCGAUGGCACAGCAUGCUGACGGAGAUCCAGUACCUGAGCUCUCGCUUCGAAGGCUCCGAGCAGGAGAAGUACUUUGGGCCGAUUGUGGUGGACUACAGCAAGGUCCAGUCCAGGGUCAAGGCCAAAUACGACCAGUGGCACCGAGACCUGCUAAACUCCUUCGGCGAGAAGGUCAGCGAGGCCAUGGGCGAAUUCUUCCGCCAGGUCAACCAGGGCCGGGAGCGGCUGGAGGCGGUGGACGGCAGCGGGGACCUCACGGUGGUGUGCAUGGCGGUGCUGAAGGUGAAGACCAGUGCGGAGAAAUGGGGCCCCCAGUUUGAAGAGCUUCAGAAGGCACAGAAGCUUCUCGUCAAGCAGCGCUUUCAGUUCCCGGAGGAUUGGAUGCACAUCGAGCAAGUCGAAGGGGAAUGGGAGGCCUUCGAGCAAAUCCUCACGCGCCGGAAUCGGAUCCUCGAUCACGAGCUGCCGAAGCUCCGAUCGGUGCUGGUCCAGAAGGACAAGCAAUUGGAGGAGAACAUUACUCAGCUCUAUGCAGAGUGGUCCAGCCAGAAGCCAGUGCAGGGUGGGCUAAAGCCCACUGCCGCCAUGCAGGUGAUCAAGGACUUUGAUGAGCGUCUGCUGAUGCUCCGGGAGCAGCACAGCCAGCUCGUGCAGUUGAAGAAGUCCCUGCAGAUGGAGGUGGGCGACGUGGAAGCCCUGGCGCCGCUUCAGGAGGAGAUGGGGAACUUGAAGGAUGUGUGGUCAGAGAUCAACACGGUGCACAGCCGAGUCGAGACGUUGAAGGAGACGCUCUGGACGGCGGUGGAGCCGAAGCGCAUCAAGCAUGCCUUGGAGGACCUGCUGUCGAACAUGAAGCAGAUGGACCGGCGGCUGCAGCAGUACGAGGCCUUCGACCACAUCCAGGAGCAGCUUCAGGCACAGAUCAAGCUGAACCAGGUGGUGGCGGAGCUGAAAACCGAUGCCCUCAAAGAGCGUCACUGGAAGCAGAUCGUUCACAUGCUAAAGCUGUCCGUCGGCUUCAACGAGCUGACGCUGGGGCAUCUGUGGGACUCCAACCUCGAGAAGCACCAGCCGGCCAUCAAGGAGAUGCUCGCGCGAGCUCAGGGCGAAAUGGGCCUGGAACAGUUCCUGGCCGAGGUUCGGGAGAAGUGGAGCAACUACGAUUUGGAGCUCGUGCCCUACAAGAGCAAGUGCCGCCUCAUCCGCUCCUGGGAUGACCUCUUCAGCCAGCUGGACGAGCACCUCCAGAGCAUUCAGUCAAUGAAGAUGUCUCCGUACUACAAGUCCUUCGAAGAUGAAGGUGCCACUUGGGAUGACAGGCUGAACAAGAUUCGCAUCGUCUUUGACCUGUGGAUGGACGUGCAGAGGCGAUGGGUCUACUUGGAGGGCAUCUUCGGGAGCAGCGCGGACAUCCAGCAGCUUCUGCCCAACGAGUUUGCGCGCCGGCGCCCUCAGAGGGACUCCCAGGAGCUGCGCUUCCCCGGCUUCAAGACGAUCGACUCCGAGUUUGUGGGUUUGAUGAAGAAGGUGGCGGCCAAACCCAAGGUCCUGGAGGCGCGCGCCUCGCUUGCUUUGCACGGGAGAGUGGCCGAGCCUCUUUUGCCUGGGCUCCUGAACAGCGGGGGAGAAGAAGAGGAGGAGGAGGAGGAGGAGGAGGAGGAGGAGGAGGAGGAGGAGGAGGAGGAGGAGGAGGAGGAGGAGGAGGCCGUCGGCAUCGAGGGCGUCCAGAAGCAGCUGGACCGCCUGUCGGACAUGCUCACAGCGGUCCAGAAGGCUCUAGGCGACUACCUGGAGAAGCAGCGCUCGCAGUUUGCACGCUUCUACUUUGUCGGAGAUGAGGAUUUGCUGGAGAUGAUCGGCAACUCGAAGGAUGUUGCGGCCGUGAGCCGCCACCUGGCGAAGAUGUUCGCCGGGCUGUCGCAGCUCAGUACCGAUCCCAGCAGCCCGGAGCUCGUGAAGGGCGUUUCCGUGGAAGGCAGCUCCUACCACCCGGACUGCUUCAGUUGCGACAGGUGCCGGGCACCGUUGGCCGGGCGCUUCCACCUCAAGGACGGCCAGCGCCUUUGCGAGGCCUGGAGGUCUUCUUUGCAAUCCACCUCAUGCCUUGCGGGGGUGCUCUCUCCUGCAGGCUUGCCACAAGAGGAUCGACGGCAAGGAGACGCGUGCGGAAGGCCGGUCCUGGCAUCCCGGCUGCUUCAGGUGUGGCUCGUGCGGCGAAGCGAUCGCCGCCUCCUUCUUCCGCGUCGACGGCGAACUGAGGUGCCCCGGCUGUCACGGCAAAACGCCUGCCAAAGUCGCGGAAGCUCCCAAAGCCGCCAAUGCAAGGAGCUCCCGACUUGCCGUGGGUGCAAGGAGCCCAUCCGUGAGGAUGAGACGAGCAUCGCCGCGGACAAGAGAGACAGGUUUCACGAGCGCUGCUUCGUGUGCACGGAGUGCGGUGAAGCUCUCACUUCUUUCGUGAUCGUGGAAGCGCGAAGGUACCAGUUUCAGGAGUGUCCAUACUAUUGUGAAAGCUGCGCCGACAAGCUGGAAGCCAAAGAAGCUCCGGAAGGAGGCACGGCCGGCACCAAGCCGUGCGCCGUCUGCGGCGGCGCCUGCGGUGGCAAAGGUUCCGCCGACGAUGCCUUCCAGUUGAUGGAUGGAUGUGUCCUCCACUGGAGGUGUUUUCGGUGCAGCCGAUGCGGCAAAGCCGAAGAGGCUCCCGAAGAUGAACGGAUGCAUGCGGUGACGCUGCUACGGAGCAAGGUUGGCUCCCUGCUACAGGGAAGGUACACGUGCAGCUCGUGCGCUCAGAGCGGCGAUGCUCACGAUGCUCACUGCGAUGAUGCCGUGAAGGUCGGUGGCUAUGCCAAGGAUCCCACGGACUCCAAGGUGGAGCUGUCGAAGGAGACGGCGCAGCCAGGGGAAAGCCCGAUGCAAAAGGCCUUCCUGAAGCUGGAGGAGCUGAAGGACCCAGCGGUGUGGAAAGCGCACGGAGUAGACGCGAGCACCCGCGAGCAGAUGCUGAGCGACGACGACUUUCGGAGCGCCUUUGGAUCCACGAAGGCCAGUACAUGCUUGACGCUUUGGGACGGCCAGGCAAUGCAGUCGCGCGAGGGAGAGACGGUGGAGUUCAUCAAACCAGUGAACAUCAACGAGGACCCUUCCAUUAACGCCUGGUUGUCAAGGACCGAGGCAAACAUGCAGGCCUCUCUGGGUGAGCACCUGAAUGCGUCGAUGAAUGAGCUGGGCACCCUCUUCACGGCCGAGGGAAAGAUCAGCGAGGAGGCGACCAUGGCCUGGGUCUCCAAGUACCCUUGCCAGGUGCUGCUGAUGGCGAUCCUGGCGGACUGGUGCCAGAAGACGGAAGCUGCGUUCGGAGCCACGGAGGGGGGCUUGGAGCGGGUGCUGGCGCGGGCCGUGGAGCAGCUCAGCUUCAUGGCCGGGAAGGUGAUCACGGACAUCGGCAACGACGUCCGCCAGAAGCUGGCGCAGAUGAUCACCGAGGUGGUUCAUCAGCGGGACGUCUCGCGGCAGUUGAUUCAGGACAAGGUCGCUUCACCCAAAGACUUCCAGUGGCUUCAGUUGAUGCGAAUGUACUGGAAUCCCAGCGAGCCGCAGAUCCUCCAGCGCCUCUCGAUCUGCAUGGCGGACGCCAGCUUCUUCUACGGCUUCGAGUACUUGGGGAUCGCAGACAAGCUGGUCCAGACGCCCCUGACGGACCGGUGCUUCCUGACACUGACCCAGGCGCUGCACAUGCGCUUGGGUGCCAACCCCUUUGGCCCAGCGGGCACCGGGAAGACGGAGUCGGUGAAGGCAUUGGGAAACACCAUGGGGAGGUUCGUCCUGGUCUUCUGCUGCGACGAGGGCUUCGACUUCCAGGCCAUGGGAAGGAUCUUCGUCGGCUUGUGCCAGGUGGGCGCCUGGGGAUGCUUCGACGAGUUCAAUCGCUUGGAGGAGCGGAUCUUGAGCGCGGUCUCCGAGCAGGUCCUGACCAUCCAAACGGGGAACAAGCAGAACAAGAAGGAGAUCGAGAUCUUAGGGAAGCAGGUCCGCCUCAACUCCAACGUGGGAAUCUUCGUGACCAUGAACCCCGGCUAUGCCGGCCGCUCCAACCUGCCCGACAAUUUGAAGCAGCUCUUCCGGGCCAUGGCCAUGACGACGCCCAACAAGACGCUCAUCGCCCAGGUGAACUUGUACAACCAGGGCUUCAUCAGCGCCGAGAAGCUGGCCAGCAAGGUGGUCUUCCUCUUCGACCUCUGCAAGGACCAGCUCUCCUCGCAGCCUCACUACGACUUCGGCCUCCGCUCUCUCAAGGCGGUGCUGGCCUGUGCGGGCUCGAUGAAGCGCGAAGAGGUCACGAACAUAGGUGCAGAAAAGUUCGGCGAGCUCUCCGAGGAGGAGGUGGCGCAGAGCGAGCAGAAGAUCCUGCUCCGGGCCAUCUUCGACACUUUGGUCCCGAAGCUGGUGGCGCAGGACAAGCCGCUGAUGCAGAGCCUGAUCUCCGGCGUCUUCCCCGGUGCCGAUGUCGGCAUCGUGGACAAUCAGGUCCUUCAGGAGGAGAUCCGCAGGCUCUGCAAGCUGCGGCACUUUGAGUGCACCGAGAACUUCAUGUUGAAGUGCAUGGAGCUCUUCCAGAUCCAGAGAAUCACACAUGGCGUGAUGCUGGUGGGCACCGUGGGCACCGGAAAGUCCACGGUCUGGCGGACUCUCUUGGAUGCCAUGGAGAAGCUGGACAACAUCAAGGGCGAUGCCUAUGUGGUAGACCCCAAAGCUGUCAGCAAGGAGGAGCUGUAUGGCAAGCUGGAUCCGACUACGCUGGAGUGGACCGACGGGGUCUUUACGGACAUCCUCCGCCGCAUCCUCUCAGGGCACCGUGGAGAGAACCAGCGUCGACAGUGGAUCAUGUUCGAUGGCGACGUCGAUCCCGAGUGGGCGGAGAACCUGAACUCCGUCCUGGACGACAACAAGCUGCUGACUCUGCCAAACGGAGAGCGCCUGGCCAUCCCGCCGAAUGUCCGGAUCAUGUUCGAGGUGGAUACGCUGAAGUAUGCCACGCUGGCCACCGUCAGCCGAUGUGGCAUGGUCUGGUUCGCCAAUGACGUGGUGACGCAAGAGAUGGUCUGCAGCCACGAGCUGAAGUCGAUCAAGCAUGGGAACCUCGAGGAGAGCCCCAAGGACGAAGCCGAAGGACUUCCCAAGGAGCAGAGGACCAAGGUCAAGUGCAUCGAGGCCCUCGAGCCAUGCUUCGAGAAAGGGAAUCUGGUGCUCUCCGCCUUGCAGCUCGCCUUUGAGAUGGAUCACAUCAUGACCUUCACCACCAUCAGGGCCUUGACGGGCUUGUUCUCAAUGGUUCGAAAAGGCAUCAACAUGAUCCUCGAGUACGAUGAAGUUCAUGAAGAGUUUCCGUUGGCAGAUGAUGUCCUUCAAUCCUUCAUGCGAAAGUACUUGGUGUUUGCCAUCUGCUGGUCCUUCGGAGGCGACAUGUUCCUGAACACGCGAAUGAAGUUCUGCGAGAUGCUUGCGGGACAUCUGGGAGAGAUUCCGGCGCCCGAUGGCCUCGGGGGCGACACCACCCUUCUGGACUUCGAGGUCCGUGUCGAGGACGGCCAGUGGUACCACUGGGACAAGCGUGUCCCGACCCUGGACAUCGACCCUGAGAAGGUGGCCGACAGCAGCCUGAUCAUCUCCACGGUGGACACCGUGCGGCACACCGCGGCUUUGGCGGCGUGGCUCGAGGAGCGGAAGCCCUUCAUCCUCAGCGGCCCCCCAGGCAGCGGCAAGACCAUGACCCUGAUGUCCACCAUGAAGGCCAUGGCGGGCAGCUUGGAGCUUGCGUCGUUGAACUUCUCGGCGGGCACGACCCCCGAGUUGCUGCUGAAGACCUUCGACCUGUAUUGUGAGACGGUGAAGACCCCGAAUGGCCUGGUCAUGCGCCCCUUGCAGCUGAACCGCUGGGUCGUGGUCUUCUGUGAUGAGUGCAAUCUCCCGGAGGAAGACAAGUACGGCACGCAGAAGGUGAUUAUGUUCAUCCGCCAGAUCACAGAAGCUGGUGGCUUUUAUCGGCCAAGUGAUAAGCAGUGGGUGAAUGUGGAGAGGGUCCAGUUCCUUGGGGCCUGCAACCCCCCCACCGAUCCGGGUCGACACCCCAUGUCUGACCGGUUUCUGAGACACGCUCCCGUGAUCUGGGUGGACUACCCUGGCCCCGACUCCUUGCGCCAGAUCUAUGGCACCUUCAACCGAGCGAUGUUGAAGCUGCAGCCGCAACUCGACAAGAGCUGUUCCGAGGGCAUGACGAACACCAUGGUGCAGUUCUGGCGAGACAGUGCCCAGAGGUUCACUUCUGAUCAGCAGCCCCACUACCUCUACUCCCCUCGUGAGCUCACGCGUUGGAAGACGGCCCUCUACGAGUGCAUGCGCUACUGGGAUGGCAUGACCCAAACCAACCUCAUCCGCCUUCUGGUGCACGAAGGUCUGCGAAUCUUUGUGGACCGCCUGGUUCAUGAGGAGGAGCGGCAGUGGAGCGAGGAGCUACUCGAUGAGGUGGUGCAGAGGGAGUUUGGAUGCAGUGCCGAUGUCCUUCAGAGGCCGAUCCUCUUCAGCUGUUACUUGGAUGAGCAGCACCGCUACCGUGAUGAGACGAGAGAAGCUCUCAGGGGCUUCGUGAAGGCGAAGCUCAGCAUCUUCUACGAGGAGGAGCUGGACGUGCGCCUGGUGAUCUUCGACUCUGUGCUGGACCACAUUGUCCGCAUGGAUCGCGUCCUGAGGCAGCCUCUGGGGCACCUGCUUCUCGUGGGAGCGUCGGGUGCUGGGAAGACGGUCCUCUCGAAGUUUGUGUCUUGGCUGAACGGCCUCAGCGUGUACACGCUGAAGAUCGGGCGGAACUACGACGUCCUCGCCUUCGAGGCGGAUGUGCGCGUGGUCAUGAAGCGUGCCGGCGUGAAGGGGGAGAAGAUCACCUUCAUCUUCGACGAAUCGAACGCCUUGGGCCCGGCCUUCAUCGAGCGGAUGAACGCCCUGCUGGCCUCCGGGGAAGUGCCGGGGCUCUUCGAAGGCGACGAGUACACGGCGCUGAUCCACGAGUGCCGUGGUGCCAACAUCCAGGGCGUGGACGAUGCAGAGAUUUUCGCGCGCUUCACGAAGCAAGUUCAGCGAAAUCUGCACAUUGUCUUCACCAUGAACCCGGCGAACCCGGACUUCUACAACCGCUCGAACUCCAGCCCGGCGCUCUUCAACCGCUGCGUCAUCGACUGGUUCGGGGAUUGGCCGCAGGAGGCCCUCCUGCAAGUGGCCGCGGACUUCACCGCAAGCAUGCAGAUCGGCGAUGACACCUUCACGGGCGGCUGCGCCGGACCUGGUGAGGACAAGGAUGCUCUUCGACAUCAGAAGCUCUCGGAGACCAUUGUGGCGUUCCACCAGCAGGUGGAUCAGACCAACGUGGACUUGAAGAAGAGCGCGCAGCGGUACAACUUCAUCACGCCCCGGGACUUCCUGGACUUCAUCAACCACUUCAUCGGCUUGAUGACGGAGAAGCGCGAGGAAGUCUUGGACCAGCAGAGCCACAUCGAUGGUGGCCUGAAGAAGCUGAAGGAGACCGAGGACCAGGUGGCCAACCUCCAGAGCGGCCUGGCCGAGAAGGAGAAGAUGCUCACAGCCAAGAACAAGGAGGCCGAAGAGAUGAUGUCCCAGAUGGUGAAGGGCCAAGGCGAAGCGGAGGAGCGGAAGCAGGCCUCGCAGAAGCUGCAGGUGGACCUGGCGGAGCAGAGCAAGGUCAUCGACGAGAGGCGGGGGGAGAUCCAGAAGAAGAUCGAGGAGGUGGAGCCGGCGCUCGAGGCCGCCAAGAGCGCCGUGGGCGCCGUCAACAAGCAGGCCCUGGACGAGCUCCGUUCCAUGAACAAGCCGCCGGAGCACGUGAAGAUGGCCAUGGAGGCCGUGAUCCUGAUGGUCCGGCCGGACAUCCCGCCAGACAAGAUCGGCUGGGAGCCGGUGCGCAAGGUCAUGCGGGACGCGAACUUCAUCCCCAGCAUCCUGGAGUACGACGCCGAGCAGCUGAAGGAUGCCACAAGGGAAACCCUGAAGAAGAAGUACAUUCAAAACAAGGCGUGGGACGUGUCGCGAAUCAAGCAAGCCUCUCGCUGUGCCGGUCCCGUGGCGCAGUGGGUCGAGAGCCAGUUGCAGUUUGCCGACCUCCUGAAUAUGAUGGAGCCGAUGAGGAACGAGUUGCAGCAGAUGCAGCAGCAAGCGGACAAGAACAAAGUGGAGUUACAGGCCUGCGAGAAAGAUGUGGCAGACAUGGAGAAGCGAAUUACGCAGUACAAGGAGCAGUAUGCGCAGCUCAUCACUUCUGUGGAACAGAUCAAGCACCAGAUGCAGCAAGUGCAGAAGAAUUGCUCGAGAUCAACCCAGCUCCUGACCGACUUGUCUUCCGAGAAGGUGCGAUGGCAAGGCUCCUCCAAAGGAUUCCAGGAGCAGACGGCCAGCAUGAUUGGCGAUGUUCUGAUUUGUGGCGCCUUUUGCACCUACAUCGGCUUCUUCGAUCUCUUCAUGCGCCAACGAGUCAUCCAACUCUGGAGGGAAAAACUGGAUGAAGCUGAAAUCAAGCAAAAGGAGGAUAUCUCCAUCAUCGAGUACUUGUCCAAGCCUUCCGAGCGCUUGCAGUGGAAACAGAACGCGCUUCCAGACGAUGACCUCUGCUACGAGAACGCCAUCAUCAUGCGGCGCUUCUUGCGGUACCCGCUGAUCAUCGACCCUUCGGGUCAGGCGAUUACUUUCUUGAGCAAUGAGUUCAAGGACAAGAAGCUCCUGAAGACAUCCUUCGUGGAGAACAGCUUCAUGAAGAGCUUGGAGACAGCACUUCGCUUCGGGGCCCCGCUCAUCGUCAUGGACGUGGACAAGGUGGACCCCAUCCUCAAUAACGUCCUGAAUCGAGAGACCCACAAGAGUGGCCCGCGGGUGCUGAUAACUCUUGGGGAUCAGGACAUCGACUUCAGCCCCGCCUUCGAGAUGUACAUGUGCACUCGCGACUCCACGGCGCAGUUCACGCCCGACCUCUGCAGCCGGGUCACCUUUGUGAACUUCACAGUGACGCCCUCGUCGCUGCAGAGCCAGUGCAUGAACGCGCUACUGAAGUCUGAGCGGCCUGACGUGGACCGAAAGCGGGAGGAUCAGCUGAAGCUCCAGGGCGAGUGCAAGGUGAAGAUGCGGGAGCUGGAGGAGCACCUGCUCCACGCCCUGUCGAACGUCGAAGGCUCCAUCCUGGAGGACAUCUUGGUGAGCGACGAGAAGGUGAUCGCAACCCUGGAGAAAAUCAAGAAGGAGUCUUCCGAGAUCCAGGAGAAGCUUGGGCAGACCGACACCAUCAUGCAGGAGAUCAACGAGACCAGCGCGCUCUACGACACCGCUGGAGAGGUCGCCGCCAACCUGUACUUCAUGCUGCAGCGCAUGGGGAGCAUGCACACACUUUACCGCUACAGCCUGGCCUUCUUCCUGGAGGUUUUCGAGGCGUCCAUCAAGACGGAGCUCAGCAAGGACCUCAGCUACGAGAAGCGCCUCGAGGCCAUCCUCGUGAAGCUCUUUAGCAACCUCUUCCUGCGAGUGGCCCCCGGCCUCCAAGAGGCAGACGCACCGGCCUUGUUUGCAGAGAUCGGCCCUGUCCUGGUCUUCGGCCUGCAGCUGGCCCAGGUGGGGCUCACUGCAUCGCAAAUGGGUGGUGGUCUCUCCGCCCCCGUUCGAGCCGACAGCCUCGGAGCCUCCGCGUUUCCGAAGCCGGAGGUGGACCAGCUCCUGAAAGGCGCCGCCGUGGACGUCAUGAAGUCCGCCUCGGCGCCCUUGGCUGAGCAGUGCCGCGAGGUGCUCAAGCCCAAGCUGAACAAUCAGCAGCUGAAGGGUUUGCAGGAUCUGCACCUGCUGCCGUGCUUCGGCGGCCUGGUGGGGAACAUCCAGGCCAAGGAGGCGGAGUGGCUGAAGUUCUUGGAGCACUUGGAGCCCGAGACCGCCAUGCCCAGUGGAUGGGAGAAGUCUGGGGAGGACGACUCUGAAACUCGCCGGCUCCUGCACAAGACGCUGGUCAUCAAGGCCCUCCGCCCGGACCGGCUUGUCUUUGUAUGCGCCCAGUUGGUGGAAGCGGUGCUUGGAAAGGGCUUUUUGGACCUGCCCGCCUUCAACCUUGCAGAGAUCAUUGCAAAGGACAGCAAGGCGUCCUCGCCCAUCAUGAUGGUCUCGGUGCCGGGCUUCGAUCCCAGCGGAAAGGUGACGGAACUGGCACAGGCACAGAAGAAGUCUUUGCAGUCAGCAGCGAUGGGGUCCGAAGAAGGAUUCAAUGUGGCCGACAAGGCAAUCAAAGCAGCGUCGAACGCUGGCAGUUGGGUGCUGCUAAAGAAUGUCCACUUGGCCAUCAAGUGGCUGUCAGAGCUCGAGAAGAAGCUUUACGGGAUGAACCCCCAGCAGAACUUCCGGCUCUUUUUGACCAUGGAGUUCAAUCCCAGGAUCCCUGCGAACCUGAUCCGCCUCUCCCGCGUCUACGUCUUCGAGCCGCCCUCGGGCGUGCGCGCCUCGCUCCGGCGCUCCUUCGCGCAGGUGCUGAGCCCGGAGCGCACGGACCGGCAGCCCGUGGAGCGCUGCAGGCUCCACUUCCUCCUGGCUUUCCUGCACGCGGUCGUGUUGGAGCGGCUGCGCUUCUUCCCAGUAGGCUGGAGCAAGAAGUACGAGUUCAGUGAUGCGGACCAGACCUGCCGCGACAUCAUCGACGCCUGGGUGGACAGGGACAGCGUCUCCAACCAGGGCCAGCUGUCCAACAUCAGCCCGGACAAGAUCCCUUGGGAUGCCAUCCGGUCAAUCCUCAGUGAGUCCAUCUACGGGGGCCGCGUGGAUAACGAGUUCGACCACGCGGUGCUCAAGGCCUUCAUUCACCACCUCUUCCGAGCAGAGUCCUUCGAUGCAGACUUCUCCUUGAACAUGGAGUCUGCGAAGGACCAGUGCCUGCGGUCUCCAGACGGCCGGAAGCGGGAACAGUUCCUGGAGUGGAUCGACAACCUGCCCGCGAAAGGCAGCCCCACUUGGGUUGGCCUCCCAGUGCAUGCGGAGCAGAUGCUGCGCAUCAAUCGGGCCAACCACACCUUGGCGCGCUGGCUGCUUCUGCAGGGCAACACUGGCACGCUCAAAGGUGAGAAAAAGACCGAGGGCCAGAAGAGGAGGGCCUCGGCGCUGAUCAACCCCUUGGCCGACUUGGGGUCCAAGGUGAAGCAGAUGCUCGAGAAUCUGCCCGAUUCCCUGGAGCCAAUGCAGCGCAGCCCGGCGUCCCUGCAAGAUCCGCUCUGGCGCUGCUACGACCGAGAGGUGGGCUUUGGAAGGUCGUUGCUGAAGAAGGUUCGACAGGACUUGUCCUUGCUAUCGGCCGCCUGCGACGGCAGUGCCAAGAGCACGAACGAGGUCCGGCAACUGAUCCAGGUGCCGAAAUCCUGGCGCCAGUUUGCGAUGGUCCUGGCCUUGGCCACUGCAGAAAAGCUGCCCGCUGACUCCACCGAUAGCUGCGCGAGAGUGAACACUUGCAGACCCCCUGACAAGCAAUCUUGUGCAAUUCAGCGCUUCAAGAGGAAGGUUGCACUUACACGUGAGCAAAAAGCUUGGCAGGCCGAGGUCACCGCCACGGAAUACCUCGAACGCCCGGCCCGCUUACUCUUGUGGAAUUUCCGACGAGGUAUUUUGGACGUGUCCUUCUUUGCCAGCUUUUCUGUUUCUCCUUCGCUUCUGACUCGUCUGGCUCGCCAGGCGGACCUUGUGAAGCGCCUGGAGCAGCUGCGAAAUAUUGUCUCCUGCAGUUCGCUGCAGAAGCACGAGCUCUGGUAUGGGGGCCUCUUCUUCCCAGAAGCCUUCCUCACGGCCUCCCGCCAGGCCGUUGCGCAGCAGAAGCAGGUGUCCUUGGAGGAGUGCCUAUCUGAAGUCUUCCGAUUGUGGCUGCAGAUGGAGGGCGCGUCGUGGGCAGAUGGGCAGCUGGCCGUCACUGACGAGCUUUCCGUGGCUGCAGCCCAAGCCGGGGAAGGGGAGGGUCCAGCUCUUUCAAUGACGAAGCGAAACCAGGGCCGGAAACGAAGGGCCUGGGCAAACUGGGCAAACUGGGCCAGAAACCGGGGGUUGGGGGGAACAUGGGUGAAGUGCGGAGAGGCCUUGCCAGAUGCGUGGCUUCGCUGGGUGCACGUCGAUUCGGCGGAGCCCGGCUCUCGGAAAACCGCUUUGAAAAAGGGCCCAGCACAAGCGGCACAAGCGGCCCUAAAGGGAGUGCCCGCAGCCGUGAUGAUGUCGGAGGUCAGCGCCUUUGCCGUGAAGUCACCCAAGGAUUUGCAAAAUGCCGUGCCCGGGUGGGUGCAGCGUAGCGUCGCCAUCACCAUCUGGACGUACCAGACAGAAUGCCGGAGAGUUUUUGCAGAGAACAUGCAAGGAGGCAGGUCUGCGAGGUCCCUGUUAACGUCUUAUACAGUGCUCGCGCUGAGCGCUUUCGGCUGCACCCAGAAGGGUGCCAGCCAUCGGAUAGUGUCUGCUGGCAGCGGCCAGGGUCUGAGAGAGGAGCUUUUCCUGAGCCCUCCACGGCUUCGCCGAUUCGCUUCGCUUUCAUCAUCUUCAGACAGCUUGAGCGUGCUGAAACAAACCGCUCAGCAAGAGCUCCUCUUCUCGGACGCUUCAACGCAGAUGGGUGCGGGGGAUCGCUUAUUGGGAAAAGAGGAAGUGGUCUGGGACUUCUUGAUGCGCCUUCCUCGCAAACGGCUGGUCGCCCUCCUUGCCCGAAAUGCAGUUGGCGAAGCAGAGGAGGAGGAGCCCGUACCAGAUGACCACGACAUCGAGGAAGAAGCCAUGACCAAAGAGCAGCUCCGAGCGUUGCAUGCCAAGUUCGACCAGAACGGAGAUGGCAAGGUCUCUCUGUCCGAGGUCCUAGAGUUUGCCAAGCACAUGAGCAAGGCGAUUGCGGGCAAGGACGUCGCAGCCAUUCUUGACGAGAUCGACACCGACAAGGAUGGCAAGCUCUCUCUCCAGGAGCACCUCAACGAUCUGCACUCGCAGGCUGACGGAGGUGAUGAGGAGGAGCUGAAGGAGCUGGAGAGACGCAAAGCCGUUGAGACCGAGAAGUUCCUUGCCGCUGAUGAUAACAAGGACGAGGCCCUCGAUGCCAAAGAGGUGGCUUCUCUCUUCUACCCUGAGACGAACCCAAAGGUCUUGGAUGUGGUGGUCCGCGACACCCUGAAGAUGAAGGAUGCGGACGGCGACGGCGUGCUGACGCCCAAGGAGUUCUGGGAAUUUGGCGAGGAAGAUGUAGAGGAUCAGCUCUCCGAGGAGGAGGUUUCAGACUUUAAGAAGCUCGACAAAGAUGGCAAUGGCGUCCUCAACUUGGAAGAGCUGAAAGCUUGGGAAUCCGGUGUGUUCCACACCGAAGCCGCCAUGGUCCGCCUUCUUCAAAUUGCAGACAAGGAUGGGGACAUGAUGGCAACAGCCGACGAACUGGAGAAUGCCCGAGAGGAGCUUGCCAGCAGCGAUGCCCAGUACCACCUCAUAGAGUGGGCUGAGCACCAUGAGCUGUAG